AUGCCUCAUUCUUCAGAUUCUUCAAUUUCGCAAUCUUGUUCAGAUGAAGAAGUAGAGGAGGAGGAGGAGGAAGAAAAUUUUCAAAAAAUAGAAAAUUUAAAUAAAAAUCCUCCAGACGCCCGUAGUCGUUUUUCUGCAAAUAAAGCACUUUUUCAAAGAAUGGAAAAACAGGCUGAAAGUUUGUUUAAUAAAGAAAAACAACAACAGCAAAAUAAUCGCCUUUUACCUUGUUUUUAUUCUCCACGUUUACAACGUUCUUCUUCAGCAAGUUUAGGUUUUAAUACAACAACAACAACAACCCCAAAUAAACAACAACAACACCCACCUUUAAUACCUCCAAAACCUUUAAUUGAAAAUACAAAUAACAACCAAAAAUAUCCUAUACCCGGCAGCCCUUUAACCCAACUUGCGCGCAAUUUUAGCCAAUUUGCCUCUGAUGUUGAGAGAAUUGCUAGUGAAUCUAGAAUUGUUGCAAAUGAAGGAGGGGAUAAUAAAACGAAUGCCACAAAAAACGACGAAAAUGGACAGAAAAGAGAAAAAGAAAAAAUAACAGAAGAAAUUAAAAAGAAAGAUAAUAAAAAUUUAAAUAAAACAAAUCAAAAAGAUAAUCAAAUUGGAUAUGAUGCUUAUUGGAGAAGGCCAGCUUAUUAUAGAGAACGUCUUUUUGGUAGUAUUGAAAGAAAUAAUUCUGUUAACACAGAAUGUCAAGAAGAUUCACAAAAAAAAAUAUCCCCCCGUAAAGAUCAUUCUCCAACUAACAGCGGCGGUGGUGGUGGAAGUGAAUCCGGGGGCGAUGAAUCUGUGCCAAGUGAACCUCGUCCAAAUUCUUCAUCCCCAUCAAAAAAACAAAAUAAUAUAACAGAAGAUAUAGAAACACAAUUGAAUGUUGAAACAGUUAGAGGAUUAUCGCCAGAUGAACAAUUGGUUAAUAGCGGCAGGAAAAUAUCUUUUAGUACAGCUCCAAUCCGUGUUUAUAAAACACAUGGCAUAGAAGAAUACGAUCGUCGCAAUGAAGAAAUAGAUCCUGUAGCUAGUUGUGCAGAAUAUGAAUUGGAACGUCGACUAGAGCGUAUGGAGCUGUUUGAUGUUGAACUUGAAAAAGGCCCUGAAGGUUUAGGAAUUAAUAUAAUAGGUAUGGGCGUUGGUGCAGAUGCUGGAUUAGAAAAACUUGGAAUUUUUGUAAAAAGUAUAACCACUGGAGGUGCUGUCCAUCGUGACGGGCGUAUUAGAGUUUGUGACCAAAUAGUUUGUGUUGACGGUAUUUCGCUUGUUGGCGUUUCACAAUUAUUUGCUGCACAAAAUCUUCGUUCAACAGGUCCUAGGGUUCAAUUCACAAUUGGACGUGAACAUAAUUUAGAAGGAAGUGAAGUAGCUCAAUUAAUAAAUCAAAGUUUAGAGCAAGAAAGGCUUGGGGAAAAACAUAAACAUCAAAUAAAAAAAUUGUGGGAUAGAGUUGAAAAUAGUUGUAAUGAAGAGGAUGAAGAAGAAGAAGAAAAUGAAGGACAGCAAAAAGACAAGAUUGUCAAUUCUCUAUCAACUUCGCAAUCAAAUCAACAACAACAAAAACAACAGCAAACAUCCAUUCACUCUUCAAAACAACAAUCAAAUAAUCAACAAGAAAUAAAUUCAAGAAUAAAAUUAUUAGAAAUUGAAUUGGAACAAUCAAAAAGAAAAGCUGAAGAAAUGAAUUCUUUAUUAGAAAAUACAAGACAACAUUAUUCACAAUUAGAAGGAAGAUAUAAUCAAGCUAGAGAUAUUGUCAAAUCAUUUCAAGAAAGAGAAAGAGAAAUGCUUAAACGUGAAGAAACACAUAUUGAACUAAUGCGUACAAAAGAAAAGGAAUAUUCUGAACUUAUAUUAAAUUUACGUUCACGUAUUGAAGAAUUGGAAAAAAGGAUAGAAUUAGCUAUAGCUGAAAGGAAGGAGGAUAAUAAUAAUGAAAAGGAAAGGGAAAAACAACAACAAUUCAUUCCACAACAACAACAACAAGAAAAUGAACCUCCACCAGCACCACCAGCUCAUAGAGGUAACCACCACCACACAAAUCAAACUCAACAACAAAGAAGAAAUGAAUUAAUGCUUCCUCAACCACGCCAACAACAACGUGAAGGGGAAUUACAACAGCACCAACAACAACAGCACCAGCGUCAAUUCCGACCUGUAGGACUUCGACAUGCUGGACUUACUUCCAAUUCAGUCCCUUUAUCAGCCGCUCCAAUUAUUUCUGGGACAACACAUCCACCACAUUACCUUAUUCAUUUUGGAGGACGUCCUCUUCCUUCCCCUGGGCAUCCUCUAUCACCUGCUAUUGAGGAAAUGGCUUCUGCACCAUAUGAAAACAGAAAUCAACAUUCCGGUCCUUCUCUAGGCAGCCCCGUUCCAAGAAUUUCAGAGCCAGCCUCCCCUGCACUCCCACAGAAAUGGGCAAAACAUAAUAUUGGACAUGGGACAACAAUUCAACAAAGUAAUAGUACAGGCCCACGCCUCGGUCUUUUCCCUUUGCGACGACGUUGUUUUGCUCCAGCAGAAAAUGAAUUUUGGCGUGAAAAUCAAGAAGCACAAGGAAUGGCUGUAUUAAAUUGGGGUGUUGAUGAUAUAUGUCAAUUAUUAAUUCAUUUGGGAUUGGAAAAGUAUAUACCAGGUGAAUAA